CUGGAGAGGUGAGAGGAACCCACCUGCAAAAGGUUCUGCUCCAUCUGAGCUGUCACACAGCUGCAAGGAGUUGAAGAAGUGCACUGUGAAAUUGCAGAUGUGCCGUGCAAGAGGUAGAAGAUGAGCAUUUCUCUGUAGGGAGCAAAAUGCAAACUGCGUGGGUUGUACCUGUCACAGCCUGUUUGCUGCUGUACUUCACAGCAGAAGCGUGCAGUGAAGGAACCGUGUCUGCCAGCAAACCUGCCCACGGUGUCACAGAAAUAUGCGAGAAGGGAAACAUGGCUGCUAGCACUGCUGCUCACGUCCAGCCUGGAACCAACGUUACCCUCUCGUGCCAGCUCAAACAACUCACGUACAGCCAGCAGUGCAAGACAGCUCUUUUCUUUAACGGUUCUGAACUGAUUAGCAAUUACGGCACUUCAGUAAGCAGCACAUUUCCAGUCAAUGCGUAUGGCAAACACAUGUUUACUUGCAAAAUAGAUUGUGAAUACAAGAAAAAGCUCAUUUGUGGAAUUGAUAUAGAGUCUGGAAAUCCUCCAGAUCGGCCAAAAAAUGUGUCAUGUAUCCAGUAUGGGACAGAUGGCAACCUCACCUGCACCUGGGAUAAAGGAAGGUUUACACACAUGAACACUACAUACAUGAUACGGCUAUCGGAUGGGACUGACACCUUAUGUUUCUCAGAAGAAAGCCUGAGUAAUAAGUUUGGCUUGCUGGUUCUGAGCACGAAGUUGAACUUUGAAUCUACUUACAGACUUGUGGUUGUCGCCUCCAACAAACUAGGAAGUGCUUUUUCACAGCCACUUAAAUUCAUGCUCAUAGACAUAGUGCAACCACGUCCUCCAAGCCUUUUAGUGGAAUGUGAAGCUUCUGCAACAAACUGCUCGUUGUUUUGGCACAGUGAAGGCCGAGUGCAGCACUGCAGAGUGAGAUACCGGCCACUGAGCAGUUCCACCUGGAACACGGUUGGAAGUUUAAAUAGUGAUAACUGCAGUCUUCAUGGUCUGGAGCCACAUACAGAGUAUGAAUUUCAAGUGAGCUGUAAAAUUCAUCCUGAGAGGGGACUGUGGAGUAACUGGAGUACAUUCCAAUCCCGGACACCAGAAGCAGUGCCCAUCGAGCCCUUAGAUGUCUGGUACAAACAGCAGGAUGUGGACUCUCAAAUGCAGAACAUUUCUCUCUUCUGGAAGGCUUUGCAGCAGUCAGAGGCGAGAGGAAAAAUCCUGCAUUACACAGUGACCUUUGAAGCACUAAGACAUGGGGAGUCCAGAGCAAUAGAAACAAACGUGACCACGCAAACCAGCUACACCAGAGUCACUCCAAAGAUGGGCUACAAGAUAACUGUCACUGCUGACAACUCGAGGGGAAGCUCACCUCCUGCAUCCAUCCUGACUGACCUGGGCACACAAGAUUUACCCUCUCCUCAGAAUGUCUCUGCUAUGGCAAUGGGAAAUAACAGCAUCUUGGUCAGCUGGGAACCUCCCAUUAAAUCCACUGCAUCCAUCAGUGGGUAUGUUGUGGAAUGGAUGAGCACCCAUAGGAAGAGCGGCCUGGAGCCCCAUCCAAGCUGGAUAAGGCUUGUCGCAUCCAACCUGUCUGUAGUGAUACCAGAGCACAUAGAAGAUGACGUGUGCUACCACAUUAGUGUGUUUGCGCUGUAUCAGGACAGAGCUGGGCAAGCGACAUCAGUGAGGGGAUACUCAGGAGAAAAAGCACCAGCAGCUGGGCCACAGGUGUAUGCAAGGCCACAGGCAAACGGCAUCUUGGUUUCGUGGGAAGAAAUCCCUCCCCAGCAGCAAAAGGGCUGCAUCACUUGGUACAAGAUAUACCUGCAGAGAAAGGCCAGCGAUGUGGAUCCUAAUGUAGCCAUUUAUAAUACAACAUCCCGACAUCCAUUCCAUAUCACAGACCUGCAGCGUGGGGAGUGCUACGUCCUGUGGAUGACAGCACUGACGGACGCUGGGGAAGGUCCCUGGGGAAACAGCGAGCUGGUCUGCUUGGAAAGUGCCAUGGACUGGAUUAUUGUGCUCACCUGCAGCUUCUUCAUACUCUCAGCCUGUCUUUGCUCCCUGCGUCCUGCGAGAAAACUAUUCCUCUUGCUCUUUUCUGCACCUGGGUGGUACAGCAAAGCCAUCCCGGAUCCAGCUAAUGCUACCUGGGCUAAGAACGACUGGUCUAUGAAGCAGGGUGAGCUGAGCAUACCUUCCACUCUGCUCCUGCACAACACCAGCAGUUUUGAAGAGCCUGAAACGACAGAGGUAGAGGAAAGCUUCCCAAAGACAGGCUGCCAGGCUUUCCAGGACAGGCUCAUCAGCAGCAUCACCCACAGCAGAAAUCACAACUGGCAACUGGAAAGCAGCUUUGAGAAGCAGGACUCAGAGUACAGGCCUCUGCCCAGCACCACAGAUGGAGGCAGUUACGAGCAGCAGCUUCCUGACCUGUACCAGAAGAUGGUGCUGGAAGUGACAGAGCAAACACAAACCAUGUGCGAGUACAUUGCGAAUCCAGCGACUGACAGAGCUACAGUCUACCUGCCCUCAGCCAUCUCCCCACCUGUCACAGACACUAAUGAAGGAGACCCCGAACUUUUGUGCAGUCCCAUCUCUGUCUUCCCAACAACUUUUUUGACACCAGAAUUUUCCUGCGGAGGGAAACUUAAUUUGGACACGGUGAGGCUGAACAGCAGCUCUUUCACAAUGUAGGCUGGCAGGGUGGCACAGCAGCCCGGCCUGAACGUUUGCACUUUAGCCAAGCAUUGCAAUAUGUGUUUCAUUGCAGCCAGGACAGCAACACGCACGUCACGCCUCCAGGUAACACAGCCCAGC